AUGAGCAACGGCAACAACUCCAACCCCUCCAUGCUAUCCUCGGUCGCAUUGCAACCACGACUCGCGACACCCACCCAACAUCGACCGCCACCCCCCCAUCAGCGAUCCGUGUCGCCUGGGGCUCGUAUCCCCUCGGCCUCCACCGCCGCCGCCAUGUCACGUGCCGAACGCUUCGAGGAUGAGAAGCGGCGCAUAAUAGAGUCAUGCUUUAGUAAGCUGGAUGCCAAUGGCCAGCUUGCCGAGAGCUACAUCACACAUAUCCGCAUUAUAGAGGAUGCGCAACACCCGUCUUCUCCGCCUCCACCCGAGAGCGCCGAGAACAACAAGAAGCCGCGUCUGAUUAUCAUCGCCGUGCGGAGUACGGGACGGGUACGGAUGCACAAGGCACGUGAGAACAACAAUGGCAGCUUCAGUAUUGGCAAGACGUGGAAUCUGGAAGAGCUGUCGGCCAUCGAGACGUACGGUAGUGCGAAUGUACCUGCGCAGUCGGAAAAGGAGGCUCAGCAGAAGCAAUGGGCGGGCAGUGUGGGGUUCACCGUGACCAUCACCAAGCCGUACUAUUGGCAGGCUGGGACGAGCAAGGAGAAGGACUUUUUCAUCGCCAGUGCGGUCAAGAUCUACCGGAAGUACACGAAAGGUCUGGUGCCGGAGCUGAAGGGGUUAGAUGAGAGGGAGAAGGCGACCAUGUUAGGUCAGCCAGCACCUCCACAGCAGCAGCAGCAGCAGCAGGAACGAUCGCCCGCGCCACAGUCACAAUCUGGAGUCAGUCCUGGUAUGAGAGCUGAGAGUAGAGCGGAGAGUAGAGACAUGUCGCCUGUUGCGCCUCCACAGCCACCUUUCGCUCAACGGCCGCAAAGCCGAGAAGAGAGCAGAUAUCGAGGCAGUCCCGGACCGCCAGCCAGUAUACACGACGCACGGCCCGGAAGCGCAGUACCGAAUCGACAGCAGAGCGAGAGUCCUGCGCCUCCAUCUUUGAGACCCGGCCAUCCGCAAAACCAACAACAGCCAAUACCGAUGAAUGUCCCACGACCCUUUGCCAGUCAGGAGCAUAUGCGAUCACAGAGUCGCGAGCGGUCGCGGCAGGAGUAUGGCGGUGCUAGACCUGGGACGAGUCCUGCGCCGGCUUAUGGACGAUCGCCGAGCUCGCAGCAGCAGGGCCAGCCUUUGCCACCACCUAGUAUACCGUCUGCGAGGUCCGAAAGUCCGAGUGCUAGUUCGCUGGCAUCUAGUGCAGGGCCUGGUCGACCACAGGUACGGAACGUGAGUCCGGGACGGCAAAGACAGUAUCAGCAACCUGUGAAUAGUGUCCCUGAGGACAGAUCAAUGGACUCGAUGCCUUCGCAAGGUUAUGAACUUGAAAAGGCACCGGCGCCACCCUCCCACGCGAAUGGAGCAACCGCUGGAGCGGCACUACUAGCUUCAACGCGACAAAGAUGGCAGGCUCAAAAUCAGAAUCAACGACCACUGUCGCCUGGCCCACCGCAAUUACCACCCAUCGAGACAUCGCAAGCUGCCGCGCUCGCGGCUCAACAACGCAGCAAAGGCUCAGGCGACGCCUUCAACCCACUUACGGCUGCCAGCGAAGCUUCUUCAGCAGGUAUGGUGGACCUAGGCGAUGCGGCAGGCAUAGCAGCCUUGACAUCUUACUGGGGUCCCGAGCCCACGCCCACAUCUGCGCCAGUCGUCGCCACACCCACUAUCCAAGCACCGCCCGACUCGCCCCUCACGCCCGAGCGUAGUUCGCGCAGGCCUGGAAUGCAAGAACGAGGGAUCUCGGAAGCGAGCUAUGACUUACGCCCUCCUCCCUUGCGAUCGACGGGCGCUGCUGCUGGAAGAGCAGUCAGUGGUGAUGAGAGUGGAAGUCGAUAUGCUACUCCUCAAGACCGCUCGGCGAUUACGAGCGCGGCGCAUACGCCUAUGACGGAACAUCCGCCUCCGCCGGAGAUUAGACCUUUGGCUGUGAGGGAUAAGAGACAGUCCUCCGAACAACAUCAACAGCAGCAACAACGACCGCUUUCAUCGAGAAGAAAUGACGAGCCGACAAAAGUUGCUAUGCCAGGUGCUUUUACAAACACACCCGUUGGACCUUCUCCCGCUGGCACACCGGUAGAAACUCCACGGGAGGAACGAGGCGAGGAAGCUGUGCAGCCCUCUGCACCUACCACUACCACCACCACAGCUACCCCCAACGAGUCUCCGCAAGAACAGCAAGAAGGCGCCGGCGAUGCUUACAGACCUGGCCUGGGACCUAUGAUCAAGAAGAACGCGAUCAGGGACAGAUUCAAAAAAGCAGCUACGGCAGCCUCCGCGUUCAAGCCUAGACCUGGUGGUGCGGCGGAGAAGAUUAUGAGGGCUAAGGCGGAGAGGGAGGCAGGCAUUUCACCGGAUGCUGGGGAUAGUGAAGGUGUGAGUGGGUUUGUUCCGAGGCCGGUCGCUGCUCCUGUGCCGAAAGAAGUGAUGGAUGGGAAAGGAAUGAUGGAUGGGAAUGGAGAGGUGCACGAGGCGAUGCCGCCGAAGGUCGAGGUGGAUCCUGCGACUCCUAUCACGCAGCCUAAUGGUCUUGGGAUCGUGUCUGCGGAGAUGGAGAAGGAGAAGGUAAAGGAGAAGGAGGAGAGGCCAAGGAGCGUCCAGCUCAAGGACUCGCCUUUGCCGCCAACAACAGACUCGCAAGACCUUCUUCAGACACCAGAUCAGCAGGUCAUGCGACAAAAGCAGGAGGAUCUCGAGGCCGAAGAGCAGGCGGAACGAGAUCUGUUUGCGCAAAGCGAGAUGAGGAAACCUCUUGUUAAGGUCAAGAGGAGGAGUCAGACUCAGCAGAGGAAUCUGGCCGCGCUGGGGAUUGAUCCCACAUUACUUGACGGCAAGGCUCUAGAUUUCGAGGCAGCAUUGGAAGAGUUUGGAUGGAAAGAUCGAUCUUUGGAUCUCAAAGCCAUGGCUGCGUUGGAAUCGGACCUGAAGCGCGAGCAAGGGCGUCUGGAAGCUGGAUCGUGGCUCGCCCUCUCUGACCCAAACACGCCUGGUGGUGCGGCAGACACGCCGGGGCUGAACGAGUCGAAAGUCAAAGCCGUGGAGAGUCUGCUGGAUAAGGCUAUUCAGGAGUGUGAUGAUCUGGAGGGUUUGCUCAUGUUGUAUAGUGUUGAACUCGGCAGUCUGAACGAGGACGUCGCGUUCAUUGAGGCGCAGAGUCAGGGAUUGCAGGUCCAGAGUGCGAAUCAGAAGGGUCUUGUCCGGGAACUGGAGGGGUUGGUGGAGGUUAUUGGGUUGGAUGAGAGGGUGUUGGAGCCUUUGAGGUAUGGCGGGUUUGGGGACCCGAGGGGGUUGGAGGUCGUGGAGUUGGCGGCGGGGAGGUUGUGGGGGGCUAUGGUUGUGGUUGAUCCGGGUUUGAGGGGUGCCGGGGGCGGGAGGCCUAAGAGUAGGGGGCUGAUGGUUGGUGGGGGGGAUGCGGGGGAGGCGCUGAGCGGGAUGUUGGCGUUGAGGGAGAAGAGGGUGGUUUAUGAGCGGGAGGCGGCGGGGUUCGUGCAGCGGUUCCUGCAGCAUUUGGAUGCUUCGUUCGGACAGGCUAUGGCUGAGGCGAGGAGGGGAGUUCUCAGGCCCGCUUCUGCUGGUGCUGGAGUGGGGACCAAGAAGCUGAAUAAUAUUGCUCUUGCGGACGCUAAGAUGGGGUUGUGGGUGUACGGUCCUUUGAUCCUGUUCACGAAGGAGGUCAAUCGGCCUGCUUGGACGACGGCGCUAAGAUUGUACCACGCGAAAGCUCAGCCUGUUUACGCGGAGGCUUUUGUGGAGAAUAUCUCUGGCUGGAAGCGAUCGGCCCGCAAACCGGGGGCUGAGGAAGCGGAACUCUUGUUCACGGCUACAGAGAGAGAGGACCCGAGUGGUGCCGGCAGCGGUGGUGGGGUACCGGGUAUAGGUGCCGCGAGGAAACUCACGAUCAAGCGCAGUCAGACUCUAGCGAAAACUUUACGGAGUGCUGGCAGCGGCAGCAAACACACCCUGGAUCUGUCGGCUUCUCGCUCCGGUCAGUCUUCCCCUGCCGAGGUAUUUGCAGCGGGGAUCGACGAAAUGGCUCCCAUGAUUUCUCAAGAACAGAACUUCAUCUCCGAAUUCUUCUGGGCCAAAGGAGGCGAGACACGCGAUUUUGUCGAAGUCGUACAGGCGCUUGGUCCGCCUGAGGCGAGAGCGGGGGGUGUUGAUCUCGUUCGGCCUCGAGGCGUGGAGGUGGAGAGGGAGAUGGCGGGGAUCGUGCGCGGGGCGAUGGAGGCGGAAUUCGGCUUCUUUGCGCAGGAGGCCCAGGGUUUAAUGGAGUGGUGUCUGGCUGGUGAUCCGAUCCAGGGUGUUGGUGUCAUGGCUUGUUUAUCGCGGCAUAGCUAUUGGCUUUCUGAUACGAAUCAGGAGUUCUUGCUCACUUUACUCGAGGGCUUGAUCGCGAGGCUGCAGAGUCUGUGGACCAAGUUCGUGGAUGAGCAGGUUCGGGCGAUUGAGGAUACGAAGGUCAAGAUUUCCAAGCGGAAGGGCGUUAUCGGGUUUAUGAAGAUUUUCCCGCAUUUUGCUGCUGCGGUGGAGAAUUGUUUCGCCGCUGUGGCGGGGCCGGAUUAUGAGAGUGAGAAGGAGGUGGUGGGGGAGACGAGAAGGUGGGUCGAUGCGACGUAUUCGCGUUUGAAUAAGGCUAUGUUUGAUAGCCUGAAGGUCAUCGCCAAGGAGAGUCCGAGUGCGGCGCCGGCGGCUUCUCAGCAUAGGGGUGGGACGGCGGCGGCUGCGGGUGGGGCUGCUGGAGGAGAUGAUCCCGAGGAUAAGGUGGUACUGAAUUAUCAUGUUUUGCUUAUCGAGAAUAUGAAUCAUUACGUUGAGGAGGUUGACGAUGGUGGCAGAGAGGGCGUUUUGGCGGAGUGGAGGGGCAAGGCGUUGAUGGAGAGGGCCGAGGCCUUGGAGGCUUAUGUACAGAGGGUUGUUAAGAGGCCUUUGGGGAAGUUGUUGGACUUCCUUGACAGCACUGACUCCCUCUUGUCAACGCAUCCGAACCCCUCUGCCAUCGCCUCUCGACCUUCGUACUCGCGGAAAGCAGCUCGCAAUACGUUCUCGCAAUACGAUGCCAAGGAAGUCCGUCGGGGGAUCGAUACGCUCAGGAAGAGGAUCGAGAAGCAUUUUGCUGAUGGAGAUGAGGAGGCGAUCUCUAGGAGUCUGGUGGGCCUGGUGGGUAAGGAGUGUGAGAGGGUGUAUGAGAAGACGUUUCAGAGGAUGGAGGGGUUAAUUGGGACGGUGUAUCCGCCUACUGAGGGGGAGAAGAACGUGGAAGUGGACUUUAGUCGGGAGGAUGUGAAGGCUGGGUUUAGGCGAUGA